CCUGCCCGGUCCGUCCCGCGGUGCAUACGCGCUGCUCGCCUUGGCUGCUGGAGCCGGAGCGUGCCUUGGUGUGGGAACUGCUGUGCAGCUGUGUUGUUAUCCAGUCCUGUGUCGCCGAGGGGUCGGCUUGAGUCUGGCGGAGUGGAGAAGAAUUAAUUAUUCAUGGAAUUCUUCAUUGGAAAAAAAGGAAGAAAUUUAGAGGGGAAGAGUGAAGCCAGAAGAAUGGUAGAACCCAACAUGUGGGGUGAGACUGUCUGGAGGAGGUGGUGGUAAAGGCAGAAAUGGACGGACGUGAGAGGCGAGGGAGAAGACGUGACCACCCCAGGGCAUUGAAUUUUAUAUCAGAAUGGAAUCGAGUGAUGGCUUUUUCUUUAGAAUUUGAAUAUGGAGGCUUCAGGAACAGAUGAAGUUGACAAGCUAAAAUCUAAAUUUAUGUCUGCUUGGAACAACAUGAAAUACAGUUGGGUGUUGAAAACAAAGACGUAUUUUAGUAGAAAUUCACCUGUUUUAUUACUUGGAAAAUGUUAUCAUUUUAAAUAUGAAGAUGAAGACAAGAUGUUGCCUGCAAGAUCAGGAUGUACCAUUGAAGAUCAUGUGAUUGCAGGAAAUGUGGAGGAAUUCCGUAAGGAUUUCAUUUCUAGAAUUUGGCUGACCUACAGGGAAGAAUUUCCUCAACUAGAAGCUUCAGCCUUGACGACAGACUGUGGCUGGGGCUGUACGCUGAGGACUGGCCAGAUGCUCUUGGCUCAGGGGCUCAUACUGCACUUUCUCGGUAGAGCUUGGACCUGGCCCGAUGCACUGCAUAUUGAGAACUCAGACUCUGACUCGUGGACUUCCAACACCGUCAAAAAGUUUACUGCAUCACUUGAAGCCUCGCUUUCAGGGGAAAGGGAGCUCAGAACUCCAGCAGUUUCUCUGAAGGAAACGAUCAGGAAGCAUCCUGAUGACCUUUCAGUGCAGAACGAGAUUUGUCACAGGAAAAUUGUCUCUUGGUUUGGAGACUCCCCUGUGUCUGUCUUCGGUUUACAUCGACUGAUAGAGUUCGGCAAGAAGUCUGGGAAAAAGGCUGGAGAUUGGUAUGGGCCAGCCGUGGUUGCUCACAUUUUAAGAAAAGCAGUAGAAGAAGCGAGACACCCUGACUUACGAGGACUAACUGUUUAUGUCGCGCAGGACUGCACAGUUUACAAUUCUGAUGUAAUCGAUAAACAGACUGACUCUGUGACCUCUGGGGACGCCAGGGACAAGGCUGUUAUUAUCUUAGUUCCUGUUAGACUUGGUGGAGAAAGAACCAACACGGACUAUCUGGAGUUUGUGAAGGGUGUUUUAAGCCUUGAAUACUGCGUAGGUAUUAUUGGCGGCAAACCUAAACAGUCGUAUUACUUUGCUGGAUUUCAAGAUGACAGUUUGAUUUACAUGGAUCCUCACUACUGCCAGCCUUUUGUAGAUGUCAGCAUAAAGGAUUUCCCUCUCGAGACAUUCCACUGUCCUUCUCCUAAGAAGAUGUCAUUUCGGAAGAUGGAUCCUAGUUGUACGAUAGGAUUUUAUUGUCGAAACGUCCAGGACUUUGAACGAGCAUCUGAAGAAAUCACCAAGAUGUUGAAAAUCUCCUCUAAGGAGAAAUACCCGUUGUUUACUUUUGUAAAGGGCCAUUCCAGAGACUUUGAUUUUACAUCUACUGCGGCCAGUGAAGAAGACCUUUUCUCAGAGGACGAAAAGAAAAAAUUCAAAAGAUUUAGCACAGAAGAGUUUGUCCUACUUUAAAGGCGAGUGCAUUCGUGUUUCCGAGAAGCGCUUGACCACAGGAGGGCCACGGAGAGUAACAAGCAGGCAUGAGAUCCUCUGCGAUCCAAUCCUAACUGUGUGCAGCGUCCUUCUAACAGUGCGCAUUUGACAACACCCAAACGUGAAAAGGAUUUUUCUGAAAGAAAUGACUUGAUGGCCCUUGCUUUUGAGUGAUAAAUAACAGUGGUUCCGGUUGCAUUCCUACUUCCCAAAGACAUGCUGACGAAACACUACCUUAACCAUAAGCCUUUUGGUCCCCAGCAUCUUCUACCUGAGCCCAUUGGUCCCCUGGAGGUUUUGUGAUACAGGUUCCCUCAAAGUUUGGGAUUACCAAACUAAUUUUCAAAGCCUUGCUUGGUGUUAAUGACAGGAGACCAGAGACUGGAUCUUCAGAACUACCCAGGCUCCUGCUGUUAACGGAACCAGAGGAUGCUUUGAAUUUGUGCAUCUGAAUAACUAAAUGGACACGUCAAAUCAUGUAAGCAGGAGUUUAUGGCAAUACUUAAUAACAUGGUUUUAUAGUAGCUACUCCUUAUGCUUGUGCAGAGCAGUGAAGAAUGAAUAUAAACUAUUGUCUUUUCUUUUCUUUGCUUUUUUUUCCCAAUCCUGGGGAUCGAACCCAGGGCUUUGUACAUGCUAGGCAGAUGUUCUACCUCUGAGCUGUCCUAAAGUGUAGAUUUCCCCCAUGUAUUUAAAAGUCAAGUUUUUAGUAGUAUCUAUAUUUAUUUUAAUUAGAUAAAGGAAAUUGUUUCCUAUCUUAAAAGUGAACUUUUGAGUAUGAUAGGGCAUCUCUUGGGUAUACAAUGGCACUGGGUUUUGAUCCUACUUCAUGUUCUGGCUUUGUGGGAGCCUAGCCAGUUUGGAUGCACACCUUCCUAGAUCUGAAUGGAGGGGGGAGGACCUUGGACUUUCCACAGGGCAGGGAACCCUGACUGCU